AUGAAGGCGCGACCGGGUGACCACCGAGCAACCCUGCUCCGCCUCAAAGCGUUCAACUCCUCACUAUCGACCUUACAAGUUCCUAUCACCAUCAACACGCGCUUCCUUUUCUCUCUUGAGAACCAGAAGACGUCACCGCUCCUUCGCCUUCCAGCAGAGAUCCGGAAUGCCAUUUACGCCUACGUUCUUCAAGGCCAUCGAGUGUGUCUCGACAGUUCGCCAAAGCCUUUUGUCGGAACAGACAACAAGAAAGGGCAAGUCGAAAACCUCCUCAGCAUAACCAAGACCUGUCGGCAGACCUACUCCGAAUCUGCGCUCAUGUUCUUCGGUCUCAAUGACUUUGGGGGAGCGAACGUAAUGGGCGGGUGGAAUCGAAAACAGCCUCUGUUCGAAAAGCUGAAGGAGCCACAGCUCAAAGCCAUCAAGUACUGGUGGUGUACCCAUUGCCAUGUCGAUUGUGCGCGCAUCGUAAACGCUCCUCUUGAUCGCUUGCCAAACGUCCAGAGGUUCACUUUGUUCGUAGAUACCACUAAUAAGCUUGCCACAUCUAGAGCAGGUUUCAAAAACAUGGUCGAUAAGCUGGCCGGUCGGGACAUGGAAGUGGUAAUUGAGCUCUUGGAGGACUACGAGUAAUGGUGCUCUCGCACGCAACUGCACAUCAGACGGGGGCUAACGUUACGACUGAUCUGAAAGAUCGGCUACAGGAUUAAAGAGGAAGUCAUGAGGGAUGCAGCCUGAUUUAAUUCGAGGCCGAAAACACACCAGGGUCUUAUCUGCGGAAUUUUGGCAAUACCCACCCUAAUAGACUUCAUGCUCUAAAACUACACACUCCUCUGACCCUGUUC